CAAAUAUAUUACAUGUUUGGUUUUCUUUUGCUUGCCUCCACAAUGCUGAUGAUAACAAUAUCAGAAACUUCUAUUCUUCUUUGCUACUUCCAUCUGUGUGCCGAGGUAAGGAGUAGAACUGUUGAAUUCUAACGCUGUGCACAUUUAAGUAUCAAAGGCUAGACUAUUCGUCCUAUGGUGAAUUUUUAUUGAAAUGAAAUUACUGAAAUUCUCCUACGAUGGACCUCAUUUAUUUGAAAAAGUGGUGUUUAAGGUGCUACUGCAACGAAUUUCUUGACCUAUACUUUUUCCUUUAAUUAAAUUAAGGUUUUUAGAAACAAUUUGACGAAUAUUUGACCGUCAUACGAUGUUUCAAGAAUUUGCCACAUUUUGCCUCUCAAAUUGGAUGGUAUCCGGACAUUUUGCCGAAAGACACUUUGCCGAAAGACACUUUGCCGAAAGACAUUUUGCCGAACGGACAUUUUGCCGACGGUCAUUUUGCCGAACGGACGUUUUGCCGAACGGACAAUUUGCCGAACGGACAUUUUGCCGAACGGACAGUUUGCCGAAAGAACAACUUGCCGAAAAUAAAGAUGUUAUUUCGUCAAAAGUUUGGGACUGUGACUCAUUUCUCAACCGCUGUGUAAUUCUCAACCAUUGUGUAAAAUAACCAUUAUAUGGUCAUUAGCAGUGCAUAGUGGUCAUUAGCAGAGCAUAACGGUUGUUAGCAGUGCAUAACCAUAUUGACUAUUGGUAGCUUGUUUGUGCAGCGGAUGACUCAUUUGUUAGGAACGUGUUUUGACGUCAGAUCGUGAACAAACGAGCGUAUAUAAAGAUGACGUAAGCGAAUUUCACUUCGAGAAUCGUGGAAUACAUUCACAGUUCUCGGGGAAAUCACAUUCAUGAAUGAUGUUGAAUGAUGUUAUUCUUUAUAUCGCGAAUUUUCGGUAAACUUGUCAAAAACGUGAAAGAAUAUAAAACGAAACUAUACCUCACUAUCAAAGUUUCUGUCAUCAAAAUCGACAAUUAUAAUGACUUUAAUCACAGAAACUUUGACCGUGUAAGCAGCGAACCUUUAAAGUUCAGAAGAUAUCUCUAUUUUCGGCAAAAUGUCCGUUCGUCAAACUGUCCGUUCGGCAAAAUGUCCAUUCGGCAAAAUGUCCGUUCGGCAAAACGUCCGUUCGGCAAAACGUCCGUCGGCAAAAUGUCCGUUCGGCAAAAUGUCUUUCGGCAAAAUGUCUUUCGGAAAAGUGCCUUUCGGCAAAAUGUCCGGCCACCAAAUUGGAUAUCGCAUGCGAACUUCAUUCGUCUCUGAUUCGCCACCAUGACGAUGCCGUGUGACGUCAUAAGUUGAACUGAUAUACGAAGGCUGAAGAGUGAAGGGCAUUUGUAGAGAAUUAUAUAGCGCUUGAACAUAUCGCUGUGGAAUUUUGCCAGAUGUACAUUUCCCCCCAGAAAAUCACAAGUUCCAUACCUUAUCGUUUGUUUGACGACGAUUCAACUUAUAUUCAACUGUAUGACAUCCGGGCAUCAACAUUGCGGAACAAAACUUCGCACAGAAAGUGCAAAAAAUCAAUUUGAAUAGGCCAAUAUAAAAUUCCGUUUGUGACAAGCAGGUAUAAGUAUGGAAUGUAUUUAUUUAAGCUAAAAAAGUAAGUCAAAAAUAUUGUUGCAGUAGUACUUUAAAGUAAGCCUAAAUAAAAAACAUAUUUCUAACCUUGUGUUGUCUUCGUAGGACUAUCAUUGGUGGUGGAGGUCUUACCUUACCGGUGCAUGUACAGCAAUAUAUUUCUUCAUGUAUUCAAUCUAUUAUUUCCAUAAAUUGACUAUAGUUGGAACUACCAGCUCAGUCUUAUACUUCGGGUAUACUUCCAUUAUGGUUAUACUCUUCUUCCUCUACACAGGUAUUAAAGGAAAUAUGUUGCAAUUGACGACGUCUUGCGUAAGGCCACAUAAAAUAAAUUCCUUGAUUCUCAUCACUACACUUUGAAAAUGUCGAAUAGGUGGAAGGUUUAAAUUUUAAAUUUAUAUAAUUUAUAUAUAUCAACAAACGUAAAUAAGCAUAUUACAUUACACAUUUCUGUCAUCUCCAACAUAUAUCCACGAAUAAUGACUGAACCCUUGAACUAAAUGCGAAGUUCCUUUAAAAUGCAAUGAAAUUUCUUUCAAGGUUCUGUUUGAAAUUGGCAGUUUAAAAUGACGCUAAAAGUCCAAUAUAAAUUAUAAAAAACUUAACUGUUUUGAAAUAUUUUGUCGUGCGGUAGCCUACAUUUAUAUAUAUAACAAAAUAUAAAAAAUUUCACGCGGCUCUUUAAAAUACAGUCGGGCGGUGAUGAGAAUUAAGGAAUUUAUUUUGUGUGGCCUAAAAUAGACAAAAUUUGUUUAUACCCAAUUCACAACUUCGGGUAGUUCACGUUCGUGCAUACUAUGUAUAUAUUAUACAGUAUAGCAUAGUAUAACUCUAUGUAUAUAUUAUACAGUAGCGUAGUAUAGCUCCAGAGGUAUAGCUCUAUGUAUAUAUUAUACAGUAGCGUAGUAUAGCUCUACGUAUAUUAUUAUAUAGUAUACUGUAGCUCUAUCUUAUAUGUAUAUAACUCUGUAUUAACAUUACCUGCAUGCGUGUCCAAACGGUCGGGUUAUUUUGUAUGAAGUCCUCCCCCUCCCCAUUCGUAAGGACUCGUUUUGGCGUAAAUACCAGUUGUAGAACAUUGCAACUAUGGCAUGGCUGGGGUUUUUGAAAACCGAGUCGUUGAUGGUGUUGAUUUUCAUAGUUUUUGGUUCGUGAAUUUAUGAAUUGGAGAUGGAUUUUACAAACAGUGGUGGAAACUAGAGGGCAACCGCCCAACACCCUCCCCCCCCCCACCCCCGAAUAACUUGUGAAAGCGUUUCAGUUAUAGAUGAACAACUGUGUAACCAAAUUGUAACAAUAAUUUUUUAACCAUGCAUGAAAGAAUUGGUAGGCUACAGGCGUCGAAUUUCCCUGAAAUGAAUCGACGGCAAUGGCGUUAAAAAUUGCCGUAGAACGUAACAGCUGUCUACGGCAAUUUUGACAGUUUUCACGGCAUUUUUCAAAUUACUGUAAUAAAACUUUUAUUGUUACUUUGGAUUUUUGACAAGCUAGAAACAUGUCUACGUAUUUCUUUAGUGUUUUUUUUAAGAAAACUGAAACUAAAAUAGUGAUUUACGCAUGAUUUGGUCAACAUCUGAAUUCAAGUAUCAAAAUAGUAAUGCACAGUGAAAAGUAUAAAAAUUGCACUAUACGGCAAAAAAUUGCCGUCGUUGCCGCAAUGAUGCACGGCAUUUUGUUCUCCCUCUACGGCAAUUGCCGCGAUAAAAUUCGAGCCCUGGUAGGCUACAAAUUUUAAUUCGUAAGCAAAUCACAUAAUGUUUUCCUACCAGGCCGAAUAAUGGUUAUGUACAAAACAGCGAUUUGUCAAGCCGAUAAUAUACUAGAAAAUACAUGCAUGCAGAAACCCUCGCCUUGCUGACAAACCGUUGUAUUUUCCGAACAUGAAGUAUCUAAAGUAGUUAUCAUGGUAACACGAUAAUUUUUUAAGAAUAUUCUUACAAAUGAAAAUCGCCUAAAAAUAUCACUUUUAAUUACAAAAUUAUCAAUUUCCCAACAUAUAUAUGUUAGGUAUGUAAUUAUAUGUAAUACGAGCUUCAAUUUAAUGUAAAAUUCAACCACAAACAAUUCACAAAACGUUUUAAAGUGUUCUUUAACUAUUAAAUGGCUUUAUCGAUAAACUUUGAGUUUGCAAUAAAAUGAUUUCAAAUUCUCGCUUGCAAAUAAGUUUGCUUUGUUUUUUAUUUAAAAAAUUCAAUAUAAUAGAAAAGGGAAUCAAUAUUAAAGAUACACUGAAAUUAUAUGCUGUCUUGUUUAGUUGUUUCAUAUACGCAAAGGCCGUCGGGUUUUAAAGUCAUUAUAAAAUCAAUAUUUAAAACAAACUUACCUUCGUUAUGCAUGAGUCAAUUCCAGGAGUAACCAUCCCCCCCCCGGGAACACACCCGGGAAUUUGAUUAGAUUGGUUAUGACAGUGUAAAUGCCCGGGUGCCGGGACACAACUUGAAGACUAAUGCACGGCCCCAGGGCAAGCUGAGAGUGGAAAAUGCCCCACCCCGGGGACGAUUUUACAGUCGAUUUCACGAAACUUUGACCACAAAUGUUCCGAAUUUCGUUGCGAAGUUCGCAAGUUCGUUGUGAAGUUCGGAAGCUCAUAUUGGAAUUCACAAGCCAAUUUGUAAAAAAAGUACCUGAUUGAUCCGUGAAGUAAAAUAAGCCAAUCAAAUGCGUAGUUUACGAACUGGUUUGUGAAUCUCAUUAUGAACUUUCGAACUUCGCAACAAUCUUGUGAACUUCGCAACGAAGUUCGGAAAUUUUGUGGUCAAAGUUUCGUGAAAUCGACUGUAAACGUUAAUUAAACUUUUAAAGGCAUAUAAUCAUAGUCAUUUAAUAACAUUAUAGUAUUAAACUGCUAUGGAAUAUUAUAAAACAUAAACCUUUAGUAUCUGUAUUUAAAUUUGCAUGGCAGAGGGUAUAAUUUUCGCUUAUUCUUACAAUAAAUUUCACGCCACCUUGACCACGAGGGCGCAAACCACGAUCGCGCUUGCCUGAAACUAGGUUUUGCUGCCUUAAAAUUUGUGGGUGGGAUUCUGGGCAACCAUUUGUCAAAUCCCCGGGGUCCUCCAAUACCCGGCCCCCGUGCACAUAUAUGAAAGGCAAAUUCCCGACCCCCGUGAACUGUCUAUCGGGCAAAUACCCGGGGGUGUCCCGGGGGGGGGGAUGGUUACUCCAGGAAUUGACUCAUGCAUUAACGUCGGCUCCCUUCUUUUAGCUGAUUCUUUCGCCCUUUCUUUCUUGAAAUUUACAAAAUCUUGCAGAAAUACGAGCAAAAAUGAAGAAUAUUUGCAAGAAAUUUAUCAAUCAUCAACUCAUCAAAUCAAGAAAUGUUUGCUAUUUCGCUGUCGUCAUGCAGUCGUUAUAAUGCAAACGUGUCCGUUAUUCAUGACAGUCCGCCAUAUUUUUGAGAUCAGUGAGGAUGACCCAGUGAACUCUAAUAAUAACUCUUGUUAUUAUUAGAGUUCACUGGGAUGACCACCCAUCGUUGGUGACCGACGCCCGCGCUCAUUGAUGAACUUUAGACUUCGCUAAUGCUUUCGUUUCCCCGGGUGUAAAUAGCCGGGGGGAAUUAGUACCCUCGCACGGCGCUUCGCGCCGCCGGCUCGGGGAUUAUGUCUUGCUGAAUGUUAAGGACGAAUUUUAUCACCUAAUAAUGACGUCAAUUCACGUUUCCCGCAUAUUUUCAAAUAUCAAGGUGGAUGUAAAUCGGCCUGACAACACUUGAAUGUUUGAAUAAAUUUCUUAUUUUAUUUGGCAGGAACUAUCGGAUUCUUCGCUUGCUUUUUCUUCCUCCGCAAGAUCUAUGGUGCUGUCGAGGCAGUGGCGGAUCAACCAUGGGAGUGCAUUAAGGAGGUGCGCACCCCACCUAGUGUCUAGAACCAGUCGCCUGUCCAGCAGUACCACCAUAAAAAACAUCUGCUUGACAUACAUUUUCUGCUUUUCGAAUAGCGAUUAGCGGAUCUCCUACUGUUAUAGCGCGUAUCCAUUUCUUACUGUAAUUUGUUCUGUUUUUCUGUAGCGAUUAUCGGCAAAUGCUGCGAUAAAACUUAGUUUUCUUUAUUUUUGAAUAUGAUAAUUUUUAUCAAAGGGAAAUAACACAUUUUUCGUUAGUUUCAUUGCAUAAAAGGUACGAAAUUUAAAUUUUAUCCCCUCAGUAUUUGCCAAUAAGUCUGGAAUCGCUACAGAAAAACAGAACAAAUUACAGUAAAUCACAACAAACUAUAUAUACAGAAGAGCAAGUGGGACACUUUUUGUAUUUUCACUGUAAAUAUCAUGAUUAAAUAUGUAAACAUGUCGAGGUUGUUACACAGCCAUAUUUUCAAAUAUACUGU